CGCCUGUUUGGCACACCGUCGAGCACAUCGUGCCAUGCGCACCCUCCAGAGCGACAUCAUGUGCGGGAUGGGGAGGAGUUGCUCACCAUGGGAUUGAGGACACCUGGCCCGAUCCCCGCCAUUGAUGGAGCUCCUUCCAAUGGCAAGCGGGUCCCAGCACGAGAUGAGGAUGAGGUAAUUGAGGAAUACUUUGGACAGUUGUGGAUUGUCCCCUCUCCUCAACAGCGGGGGGCUAGGGUUCUAGCCAAACGCCGCCACACCGCUCCCGUCUGGAUCCGCCGCGAUCUGCUAGCCUCCCGUCGAUUUACCGCCGCGGAGUGCUUUCCGGCAAGCUGUGCCGAUCUGAGACUACAUACACCUACAGAAAUCAGCUUCUCGUCAGACAUCUGGGGUGUGUCCAAGGGCAGGGCGACGUACGCAGAGAUCGCCAGAAGGUUUCCGAUGCAGGGGAGAGGAGGAGCGAGGAUGCCGGGAGGAGGUGGCGGCGGGCCAGGGAGGGGUGGUGUCCCACCUCGCUCAGGUGGUGGUGCUCCACUCCGUCCGCCGGGUGGGGGUGCUCCAUCUCGGCCACAGGGAGGCGGCGCCUACAAUCGCGGGGGGAUGAUGGGGAGGCCCAAUGGCGCCCAGAACCAGGUGCGUCGACAGGGAGCGGGUGGUUCCCAGGCUCCACCACCACCACCACCACCCCUGCCCCGUGCUACACAGGUACUGAAUACUGCUGCUCCAAUCCAGCCGAUGGAAGAGAGGUAUAGGAAUGUAGUCUGCUACAAUUGCGGUGAGCCGGGACACUAUGUUGGCAACUGUAUCAAGGAGAAGGUCUGCUUUAUGUGUGGAAUUCCUGGACAUCAUAUGAAUAAUUGCGGUUUGUGGGGCAAGCCAAUUCCAAUGGCGGAUUAUGUCGGGAGUGCGAACAGUGGUCUCGGUUUUUUCCAUGUUAAUGUGGUGGAGAGCAGUGCCUUACAAUGGCUAAACCUGAAAAAUUGUGGGAUAAUUCAAGUCACUCAUGGCAAGAUUUCGCUGCAAGAGUUGGAGGUGAAGAUGUGUGAGGCAUGGGAUGCAAAAUGGCCAUGGCAGGUGCGGCAGCUAGAGGAGAAGAAAUUUCUGGUUAGAUUCCCACCACACAGGAAGAUCAGUGAUCUGGUGGAUAUUCCAUCCAUCAAUCUUAAGGAAGGAAAUGAUAUGGAGCGAGUGACAGUCAAAAUCAUAGGAUGGGAAGGCGAUAUACCAGACGUUGGGGAACUGAAAACUUGUUGGGUCCAGAUAAGAGGGAUUCCUCCUAAAUGGGUUUCCUGGGAGGUGAUUGCUCAAAUUGCGAAGACCUUGGGGCUGCUCCUGGAUGUUGACUGGGGAACAAUUUUCAAGUCCUUCUAUGAAGUUGUGAGAGUGCAGUUAGCCGUGAAAGACAUACACAAGAUCCCAGAAGAAAGGAUAUAUGUAAUGAAGAAAAAAUUCUACUGGGUUAUCUUUGAGGUGGAGAAGGUAGCUGGAGAUGGAGGAAAUGAUAGUAACAAUGAUGACAAUGACCCUGAUGGUGAGGACCCUGGUUGUGAAGAUGGACAAGAAGGUUUUGAUGAGUUAGAGGAUAUGAAUGAAGGAGGUGGAGAUGAUUCACACACUCAGACUCCAGGAGUGCAAUUUGGGUCGAUUGGCAAAAAUGACAAGAGACAUGGGGCCAAAAGUUGUCCAGUGAUAAUUAAUGUACCUGACUCAAAUAGUUUCCAACCGCUGGUGGACUUUGGCCUAGUGGAUGAUGACGAGAUGGUAGAGGCUGGGAAUAUGGAUGGGGUAACAGCUGGAAUGAAUGAGGUAAAGAUCACUGAAGCUGCAAACAAGGAAGAAGCUCUAGAAAUGAUGCCAAUGAUAACAAGACAAGUGGAUGAGGCAAGAGACAUGGAUUCAAUGAACCAAGACGAAGCUGAGGUUGCUGAGAAGAAAAACAAUGAGCCUAUGACAUGCUGGGAUGAAAACCAUCCAACCCCUAUGGAAGCGAAGUUGUUGAUGGCCAAGAAAACGAAGAGAGAUAAGUGGGGACCUGUACUGCCUGUGAGACAAAGUGAGAGAAUCAGUAGAGAUGGCAAAUCGAUGUUGGAGAGGGCUACCUCUCGACUGGAGAUCAAGAACCUGGAGAAACCAGCUGGUAAUCUGGAAGAGAAUUGCCAGGCUUCUCAGGAAAUGGACGCCGUUGUGCAAGGAAAAUUGGCGGCCAACCAUUGGGAGCUGGUGCGAGAAGCUGGAGAAGAAGGCUUUGGAAAUGCCUCGGAUCGGCUGGCGUUAAAGAAGAGGAAGCUUAUGAUGAAGAUGACUGGGCCGGGAACGCCGGAGGCACGUGGAGACAUCAGAGUGAAGCUGUGCGAAUGAUAAGAAACUGACGGAGGCUGACGGAGGCUUGAUAAGAAACUGUUGUUUUGUUAGCUUUCGUUUCUUUCCUGUUGAAAUGUCAAAUGCCUGGACGUGUUUUUGGGUUUUGCUUGAUGUGAAAUGGUAGGAAGGUAUCCUCUUGGGAGGUGUGAGAGGAUCUAGUUUUGGAUGCACAAACUCAGAUAUGGAAGAACCCUGACAUCUGUAAGUUUCGUUUCAGAUGAAAUGGAACUGGGCAUGUAUGCCUGUUAUCUAAAAAAG